UUCCUAAACUUGUUUCUUACCUUUUCUCUGCUUUCCCGAGAAAAUAUCAGAAAUUUCCAGAUCCAAAUUCAGCAAAGAAACUCGACACACCACAAAUUAUACGAACGAAAAAUUAGAAAAUCUAAUACGAAAUCGAAACCUCAAAUUCCAAUUUCGGGGGUUCUUUUUGGGUUUUGAUUUGGAUUUCUUCUUGGUUCCGUUUGUUUUUCGCUUGGUUUUCUGGUUCAUGCUUUCGUAUCCGUGCUCGAAUUCAAGGGAUUCCAUUUCUGAUUCGUGGAUCUGAUUGCUGAUUUGCUUGAAUUGGUUGGUUUCGAGAUUUGGGAAUUUUUAAAACUAGGGUUCCUUCUAUUUGUUUCAGUUUGUGUGUCUCGGCUUUUGUUAGAAUGAAUGAUCAGUCUAAGCUGAUGAAUCCACCGCCUCCGCAGCAGAUGAUGGGCCAACCGCCGCCGCAGAUGAUGAACCUGCCUCCGCCUCCGCAGGUAAUGAAUCAGGUUCAGUCGCAAAUUAUGAACCAGACUCAAUUGUUAGGUCAGUCUCAGGGAAUGAACCAUCCGGUUAUGGGUAUGAAUCAGCCACAGGUCAUGAACCUGGUCCAGUCUCAGGCUAUGAUGAACCUGCCUUUGAUGAUGAACACCCGGAACUUUAACCCUAACCCUAGCUUGAGUACCAAGUAUCAGAACCCGGCUUCCUCAAAGCCUAAUAACUUUGGUCCUGCAUUGAAGAAACAGAAGAUGAACCGAAGCCACUGGAAAGGAAAGAAUAUUCCCAACGACAAGAGACCCAUGAAGGAGCCGAUUAGGAGGAUGGAUAAUCUGAUGCCUAACCAUGGUAUUGCUAUUGGUCCAGGUGGUAUGGGAGGGUACAACCCUCAGCAGGUACCUGGUUCUGGCAUUCAGGUUGGGCCUGUUGGAGCAGGUGGGUACAAUCCUCCGACGCUAAACGAGCUUCAGUCUCAGAAUAGGUUGAAGACGAGAAAAUUCUACCCAAAGAGGAAGUUCAACAAUAACCGUUAUAUUCCUUAUGCCCCGAGGAACACGACUUCGUUCAUCAUCCGCGCAAAGAAGUCUGGUGGGAUUGCUGAAUUGGUUUCUCCUUGCCCCGUGACACCAGCUGUACUUCCCACACCCAUGUUUUCACCGUCCAGGGAGGUAUUGGGCGAUAUGGCAAAGGAGGAGUGGGGGGUUGAUGGGUAUGGCUCCAUGAAGGGGCUAAUUAGGUUGCGAUCUGAUGGACAUGAUCUGGAACCCCACUACGAUGAUGAUGAAGACGAAGGAGGAUCGAGCGAGAGUGAUGUGGAGGAACAUGUAGAGGUUGAGAGGAGGUUAGACCAUGAUUUGAGUCGAUUUGAGAUGAUCUACCCCAGUUACGGUGGAUCUGAGUAUCACAAUGUGUUGGAGAAUCGAGUCGAUGAUCAGGAUACCCAUAUUGCACAACUAGAGGAAGAGAACUUGACUCUGAAGGAAAGGUUGUUCUUGAUGGAAAGGGAGUUGGGGGAUUUAAGGAGGAGGUUGCAGUUUCUCGAGAGGCGGAACAUGGUUGCUACAGAUGCUAAUGAGGAGGUUGUAGAAAAUGAGUCCGAAAACGACAGUGAAACAGGGGGAUCUGAUGCUCGUACUAGUGGCGACACAAAGGAGAAUCAUCAUGCGGAUGCAGAAGAUGUACUGGGUGUUGCACGGGAUGAUGCCACGGUGAAAGACGUCAGCAAGAACAAGCGUAAGGUGGAUGAAACCAGAGAUAAACCUAUGGUUGGUCUGGAAAUUUCCGGGGAGAAUAAUUCAGAAGUAAAAGAACUUGCUGGAAAGUAUUCUGGAGGAGAUGUGGAUGUUGCAGAGAAACAUGGUAAUGAGUUGAAGCCCGAAGGCAUUGGCAUGAACCACAGUGGGGGAGAAGAAAUGGUUUCUGAAAAGUUGGAAGAUUUAGCUGAGAAUGAUUUUGUUAAAGAACAAUAAAGAGACAAAUGAUUGCCAGAGCGAGGAGGAAUGCAGGUGCAACCUUAGAGCACAACAGUAUGAGGAUUCAGUUUAAAAAACAGGGACGGAUUGAACAGGCAGCUUUUGGAUGAUGCUUUUAUCGAUGUGCUUCCUUAUCGUAAGUCUUUACAUGAACAGGCAGCUUUUGGAUUAUUAAGUGAUGUUUCUCCCAACACGUGCAGCUGUGUCCUCUUUCCUCUUGCUCUUGUAUCAACGUAGAGAGUAGCUUUUUCCGGAGUAGUUUUAUGCUCUCAAAUGACUUCUCGUAGGGUCUUCUUCCCUUUGGGUUUCGUUUUUUUUCUAGAUUCUCGGGUUCUAGUGCUUUUGUACAUGCAAGGUUCAUUUGGGCAUCUGAUCUUAUUAUAUGCCGUAGACAUUGCCUUGCUUUUUUAAACGUAAAAGAAUUCAUGAAUGUAUAAAGUUUAAAGUUUCUUUCUUUUCCUGAAAUUUUGCUUGCAUAUGCCUUCAUUUUCCUGGACUCUGAUUCUACCCUUGUGGUGGUAUGUUCACAUCAUGGCUGUUGUUGUACGAUCUCAGUGUAUCUACUCGUUUCUUCGACUGUCUUUUCAGUGGGUUUGCAUUCUGAAAAGAAUAAGAUGAAAACUGCGGUCAUGGAUCCCGUGGUGUUUCGAGAUUUGGCUUGUUUAUUUUGCAGUGAGCUUUCAGAUAACAUUAGAAUUGUGUUCUGUCGGCUGCUUUUUUCUUUGUUUAUUUUUUCCGUUUGCAGAUUUGGAACAUUUCUAGCAGGAGUCAUCAUCAUAUUCGGAUCAUGUGGCUUGUCUUGGGGAGAAAAAUACCGGAAUCAAUUCGAGGAGGAAUCUUGAAUCUUUACCAUUGAAUGAAUUGCAUUACCCGAUUUUUUUUUUGGGGUAUAUGAUUCAAAGUCGGAAGACUGGAAAAAUUCAUGGAAGAGGUUCAGAUUCUGAGUCUACUUUGUAGGGUAAAGGAGGGAUGAAGAUGAGACGGCACUCACGGUGUGAAAAGAUUCAGAUUCUUUGCCACAACUUUCUUCAAAAGGGGUUUCCCAGCAACGGUAUCGGAUCUCGCCCUUGGAGGGCUCGGGUAUCUACAAGUAUUGACCGUUGAGAGCAAGUGCGAGAGGAAAGAGAGAUGGAUCCGGGCGGAUCGAAAUGGACUAGCGGCCGGGUUAAGGUAAGGAUCAAUUCGGCAAAUCUCCAAAUUAAAUUAAACCCUAACCUUAAUUCUGAAAUUGACGGCCUCCCCCAUCACGUUCGCUUCUCGUUCGUCUGGCCCUUUCCCGGUCUCGCUGUUCAGUCGGCUGACCAAAACCGAACUUCAAUCUGAAUGGUCGGGUUCUUUGCCAUUGUCAUAAACCCACGAUUCUGCAACUGUCAAACUUCUCUAUCGUCAUUAUGCGUGAGUAGGAUUUAUGAUAUUAAUCAUAUAAUUUCGUAUAACUAUUUGUGUAGACUUUAGGGUUUUUCUUUGAGGAACUUAUUUGAGAUUCAAGAAUAUAUAAAAAAAAAUGCAAAGCUUUCCUUGA